GUAGGUCAGAUAAUUUUUCUGCGAAGAAUCAGUCACGAGAUCCUCGUGUAACCGUAUCGAGAAGUUACCGUAACAUUGUGUAUCCAGCUUCCAGAUAACGGCUCAGUCAAUUAUCACUCGAGAGUUAAAAUAUUUUGAGCAUGAACGCGUUAAGUAACACGGUAAAGGCACCGAGGAGGUGUUGAUAAUCUAUUUGUAAGAUACCGAGAGGGUGGCUGCGGUCUGGCGAGAAGAUGAAAUAAGUCUCAUUCUUAUUACAGUGGCUGCAGACGAUGGUGUUGGUGUAGUGGAGAACGGCUAGGAUAUAAAAUAAAGGAAAAAAGAGCGAGAGUCAAAAUUAAUUUGACAACGAGUAUCGUGAAAAAUAAGUCCCACCCAGUGGGGUGGAUUUGGGGUCGAAGGGAAAAAUCUCAGAGGAUUUCCAGUAGCUCUUACGCGAUGAACGUUGAAAGUUUAAUGGAAGUCGAUCGAAGGCCUGCCUGAGGGAAACGGAAGUUGGCUUUGAUUCGUGAGGAGGCAAAGUGGUGGUGGCGUCCUAUACUGUAUCACCUCAUGUUUUCUUUAACAAGCGAAAAGAAUGGAUACCGGAAGUGGAAGACGUUGAAGAUUGAUGUGGAAUCGGGUGGGAAUGUACAAUCCACUCACCAGUCCCCUUUUAUUGCCAGGACUGCAAGGAUAAGGCAGAGAGAUAGGAUGAGGCUCAAAUCUCCUUCUUCCCUAUAGAAGAGAGAAUCGCUAUAGGAAUGCAGAAGAGAGAAAGAGAGAGAGAGAGAGAGAGAGAGAGAGAGAGAGAGAGAGAGAGAGAGAGAGGAAAUGUAAAAUAAAAAAGGGAAACUAAUGCCAAGUGGAAAGAAUUUUCCAAGAUAGUAGUCAAAAGCAAUGACGAGUUUGGCCGGAAGGAGCGUCUUUCUUAUUUGUUUCAUAGCUACCAGCACCAUCUACGUAAACAGCGAAGACACCCACUUGCUAUCCAGACGUAAACGUUACAUAGUUUUUCCUGAAGGAUCAAGUUUUUCAAUCGCCCUGUGCAUGACCAUGCACACCCUGACCAACGACAAUAUUUUUACCGAAGGGAUGAAUUGGGGCAUUUCGUACGAUUUGCCAAACGAGACCAAAGCUGAAUUGGCGCCAUUUUUAGAAUUACGUAAGGACCGCUUAAAGAGCGACAGGUACGACAAGACGAAACAAUACAGUCUAAUGGCUCAGAGCGGAAGUAAGCAGAGCGGUUUCCGGACAGGAAGUUGGACCGAGGACCGGAAGUACUAUGCGCCUCCUUCUAAGAAAUACUACAAGUCGGAUUAUUAUUACGUACAGCGCAGACACCGUAGAGAUCUUUAUAACAAGUUGGAGGUUAUAAUGAACGCAAUGGGUUUUGACGGAAGAACCUGCGUCCUGCGUGCGCUGUGUGAAGCCUCUCAAAGAUUAAUGCCCAAGGGUACUACGCUAGUAGAAGAAAUGAUGAGAAUAGCGUUUUCUAUGCCCCUGAAGAAGAUCUUCUCCUUCGAACCGGAAGAGCAUCAUGUAUACACAAAGGCCCACGCUGCAGGGCACGAAGGACAUGAUUGCGUGGCCAUGUUUCCCGCUUGUAGUUUCUCCCUGAUAGAUAUGGCCCUAGGAAAGUACAGUCUCGAUAAAGAUUCCCAGGAUUACGGUACGGACUAUGGUGGAAAGCAAGAGGACAUCCAGAAGACUUCCAGGAUGAGUGACGACAUGGCUCUUCGAUACAGCAUGAAGUAA